AUGCGCCCUCGCAAUCCCCUCCGCCAACCCCGCCUCAAUGACCUUCCCCACAAUCCUAUCCCUGAACUGCAUCAUCAAGAAAUAUCCACUCACAGCCAUCACCAACACCGGCACAGCCUGGAACGCAACCGUCGUAAGCCACAUACGGAUGAGACGAGCGUGAACGCGGUCCGCGCGGAUCGCGGUGCGGAUUGUGGCGGUGAUUGA